CUUCCAGCCUGAGCGCGAGUGUGUGUGUGAGUUUGUGUGAGGGAGAGAGGGUCGUAGCAGGGUUGACCAUGAAAACCUACGUGCUGUUGCCGCUCUUGCUGGUGCUGGGAUGCGUCCACGGUGCACCAGUGGACCAGGGUGGUCUGGAGCAGGGUUCGUGUGACGAUGCAUCAGCUAAAGGUGCAGCAAAACUGGCCCUGGCCAAGAUCAACCACGAGAGGAAGGAGGGCUACAGCUUCGACCUGCUCCGACUGUCCAACGUCCACAUGAAGACCCACGGAGAGACUGGCGUUGUUUUUUACCUGACCCUGGAUGUUGUGGAAACCAACUGCAGUGUCCUGAUGAGGGACGACUCCAGGACCUGCGAGCCUCGCCCCGUCCACCACACGCCGGUGUAUGGACAAUGCAAAGCUGCCAUCUACAUCAGCAAAGUGCACAGAGUGGUGCGUCUCUACAAAUACAACUGUAUUGUCAGACCAGUUCCUGCAGCUAAAGUGGCCGAGCAGUGUCCCGACUGCCCAACUUUGAUUGCCAAGGACGACGAGAUGGUUCAGAAGACCGUGUCUCUGGCCCUGCAGAAGUUCAACAAGGAGAAUGAGCUGGCCAAUGUCUUUUCUGUGGUCCAUGUGGAACGUGCUACUGCUGGGAUGGCCAUGAUGAUGUAUUACAAUGUGGAGUUCGUCAUCCAGGAGACCACCUGUGCAAAGAGCACAGAGGCAGCCGAGCUUGACAAGUGCCCCAAAAUGGAGUGCGAGUUCGCCCACAAGGGUUUCUGCACGGCGUCUCUGUACCAGCAGCCCGGUGAUAAAACUGACCUCAGUGUAAACUGUGAGAUCUUCGAGCCUGAGGCUGCAGACAGAGAAAAGAAGCUGCAUCUGCUGGGCGGAGAGACCGACCACGCCCACAAUGACACACAUGCUCAUGAUCCAGCCCAUGACACAGCACAUGCCGUCGACGCUGCACACACACACGACCACGAUCACGACCACACCAAGAGCCACGCUCACCACGACCAGACCCACCAGCACGCUGAUAACAGUGACCACCACCACACGCAUGACCACGAUGCAGGCAGCGCUCACAAACAUGCUCACGACCACUCCCACGACCACGGACACGGCCACGAUCACGUGCACACCCAUCACGCCAAGGCACACGACCACAGCGGUGACGUCCCCAACCAGCACCACAACUACAAGCAUGCCGAGGGCACACACACCCAUGAGCACGACCAUGAGAUCGCCCUGGACCACGACCACAAGCACAGUCACCUGCACGAGCACGAGCACCACCACCACCACCACGACCACACUCAUGAGACGACUCCGCACGACCACCCAGAGGGCACGGUGACGGUGGUGGCCGCCAUGGACCAGCCCAUGAUCCUGCCCUCCUUCCCCGAUGUCCCUGCUGCAGGCCCUGAGGUCGGCGUCACUCUGCCCCUCAAACCUGACCCCCAGAUUCCCGGUAUGACAGAACCCUUCAUCGAGAAGCUCCCAGCCACGCUCUCUGCCAAGUGCCCCACUCCAGUGCCAGGUGACAGCCUGGUGGAGAAAGUCUUCGGCGAGGAUCCCAUGUUCAAGCCGGCAGCAUAAGGUCAGCUGUGAAACUCAGCUGGGAACUGAUGUUCACCACGAACACAGCUUUUAUG